AUGGAUAUCGAAACUGCCGCUUGCUUUUCAAUAGCAUUUAUAGCCACACCGAUCCUCAUAGUAUUGGUAAGAUUGCUAUUCAUUCUUCCAUCAUUAAGACUUCCAACCUCCGUAAAGAAAAAGAAAAAGCUCAUUCAGGAAUGCCAACUUUCAAUCUUGCUUGGUUCAGGUGGCCAUACUGGGGAGAUGAUGAGAAUUAUAUCUAAACUUGACAUGGGAAAAGUUUCUCGUACAUGGAUAUACACUUCGGGCGACAAUGCGUCCUUAGCAAAGGCACAGGAUUAUGAAAGGAAAUCGGGUACAUCCCUGCAGUACAUACCAAUCCCAAGAGCACGGACAGUGGGCCAAUCAUAUAUACUGAGCAUUCCAACCACCAUAUACUCAUUCUUGUUUUCUGCAAUUGCGAUGCUCAAACACAGACCAGCAGUGAUACUUUUGAACGGCCCAGGUACUUGUGUUCCCGUGGCAUACAUUUUGUUUCUCUAUAAACUCCUUGGAUUAUGCAAUACAAAGAUAAUUUAUAUUGAAAGUUUAGCUAGAGUGAACAAGUUGAGUCUCAGUGGAUUACUAUUAUUACCGAUCAGCGAUCGAUUUAUUGUCCAGUGGGAAAGUUUAUAUCAACAGUAUAGCCGUGUCGAGUAUUAUGGUAUAUUGAUAUAG